GUCAACCAUACCGACACGAAAGAAGUUUACAACCGUACACACGUGCGGCGCCCGAGUCAGAGAUUGAGAAGACUCAAAAGUCACCUGUCAUCUCUGAAAACAGAAACAAACUCAAUAAACGAGCUCCUUAAGAUUAUUUUCCGGGUCCGAACGGACUCCCGCCGCACCAGGUAGUUUUUUUUUUUUUUUUUUUUUCCUGGGUGUGGACGAACCCGUCGAUGUCUUCAUGGCAACGAGACGACUGGGUGAUGCGCGCCUAGCAUGGCGGUGGCCCCCGCAGCGACCACCCAGGGAUGGCGCUCGCCGGUGAACCGGACGCCCCAGUCCCGAAGAGCGGCGCUCAUGCUGGCCUCGCUGCUCACCUCUCUCCUCCUGCUGCUUCACUGCCUUGCCACACCGCCGCGGUCGACCUCCCGCCGGGCAGUCGCGGACGAGCCGAAACUCGACUCCCGUAGGAGGCUCGAGUGGACCGGCGUUGAGGAAGCGACGGGCUACCCGAGCUCCAGGCGGUCUUCCCGGGUGCUCGCGGACGAGCCCGGCGGGCCGUCGGUGCCGGAAGCGCCGCAGAAGAGGGCGGAGGCUGCUGGCAUCCGACUGCCGCCGCAGCUGGGGGUGGCCGGCUGGAAGGUGUCACCGAGGCUCGCAGGUAGACUCAGCCCGCUCGGGGAGGGCGUCAAGAAACUGCCUCAGGCGCUAAUCGUCGGUGUGAAGAAGGGAGGCACCCGUGCCCUGCUGGAGUUCCUCCGGGUCCAUCCGGACGUCAGGGCCGUGGGGGCAGAGCCGCACUUCUUUGACCGCAACUACCACAACGGCCUGGAGUGGUACAGGGAUCUGAUGCCCAAGACCCUGGAGGGCCAGAUCACCAUGGAGAAGACCCCCAGUUACUUUGUGACCAAAGAGGCUCCCGCCCGUAUCUCGGCCAUGUCACGAGACACAAAACUGAUCGUGGUCGUGCGAGACCCGGUCACCCGAGCCAUCUCGGACUACACACAGACGCUGUCCAAGAAGCCGGACAUUCCGUCCUUCGAGAGCCUCACUUUCAAGAACAGGACUACGGGCCUCAUUGACACGUCGUGGAGCGCCAUCCAGAUCGGUAUCUACGCCAAGCACCUGGACAACUGGCUGCAGUACUUCCCCAUGGAGCAAAUCCUGUUUGUGAGCGGCGAACGGCUCAUCAGCGACCCGGCCGGCGAGCUGGGCCGAGUGCAGGACUUCCUGGGCCUCAAGCGCAUCAUCACUGACAAACACUUCUACUUCAACCAGACCAAGGGCUUCCCGUGCCUCAAGAAGGCCGAGGGGAGCAGCAAGCCCCAUUGCCUGGGCAAAACCAAAGGGCGCACCCACCCUGACAUCCGCCCCGAGGUGGCGCGCCGCCUCCGAGACUUCUACCGGCCCUUCAACAUGAAGUUCUAUCAGAUGACAAUGCACAACUUUGGUUGGGAUGACUGAAUGUGAUGAAAGACAACGACGAGCCUGACUGCAGGUGGAAAAUCAGGGAGAAAUACAAGGGGAUUACAAUUGUGGUCAGAGAUUUAAGUACCCCCAGCCCCCUCCAGGAAAUUGGGUAAAAAGGUAAAACUGAAUGUCCAAUCUGACAAUAAAGCCAACAUUUGCAUUUUACUUCUCGCUUAAAAUUAUGCAAUUUUAGUUAGUUGUAGUGGAAAUAAACCCAAACUCAAUCAUUUGAUUCUAUUCAGUUAAAGUGACAUUGCUUGAAAACUUUUGAUUUAAAAAUAAAUAUAUACAGAUAUGGAGCAAAAUCAUCUAAUGUAAAAUGUAAAUGUAAAAUAUCUAAUAAAAUAUAAAUAAUUGCAACUAAACAAAUACUGGUAGUAAAAAAUAAGCAAUAUUGAUAUAAUUUAUCAAUGAAACUUUAAAAAUCCUGUGUUUCACAGGAUUCCAUUUACAGGCAGAGGCCAGCACUGAGCAGCAAAGCCAACACUUCUAUUUUCAUUUUUUGGGUUUAAAACAAUGGCACUCAAAAAAUAAAAUAAAUACUGGAAGCAAUUAUUUUAGGUCAAUAACAAAAUAAUGCAAAAAGCAGACUUUCACUUGGGUCUAAUCAGCAAAAAAAACUGCAGCUCGGAAGUGGAACUUGUCCUUUUUGAAGUCUACUGUAUGCUUACAGCAGAUGUGUUUGACUUUAAAUGUUAAGUUAAUAACUUUUUGGGCUUUAGUGUGGAAAAUAAUUUUGCUUUGUUUUUUUUCCCAAUCGUCGGAACCUCAAAGUGUUCUGAUCAAAUAUGCAAAGUGUGACACUGUGUUUCCGGAACAAUCACAUAGAGACUUGUGUGCUCGAUUUAUGCGUUUGAUUUCAUAGUAACAAAUGAUGAGUGAUUUAAUGCCAUAUAUUGUAUUUGAAAGCCGAUAUACGUCGCUGCUUUCGAAGCUUGACAUUUUUCUACCGACAAAAUCUCUAAGUAUUUUUGCAAAUGUAUUUAUUCCACAUGUAUUUUGAAUAACUGACGUCUAACACUUCAUUCCCCCUGGUGUGAUUACAACACACAUUUCACUUCCAUGCUCUUGUCUUUUUGAGCAACAUUUUUGCACCCCCUCUUUCGCUCGCCGCCACCCGAGCUCCUUCGUCCCGAAGCGGGAUUCCAAUUUCCUCGGACGUGCCUCCGCUCUAUGUCACUUUUAAAGCCUGCGGGGCCACGUGUGCCGCACGGCGAGCACAAAGGCCCGUUUGUGUUCCUCCUUUUGUUUUGUGUGUUUUGUGUGAGCGGACUUGUAAGAAGCAGAUGUGAAUCAAAAGAAACACAAUCAUUGAAAGGUUUGAAUAAAGGUUGUUGCAAAGA